AAUUGCACCAAACAUUUAGAAGCUCUGCUGAAUAUGGAGUUCUCAGAUGGCCAGCCACUCAAAAAGCGAGUAAAGGUCGGACCUGAAAAUGGUGAGCUGAAGCAAACAGCAGAGGAUCGCAUAAUAUCAGCAAUUCGAGCUGAAAAUGAGGAACUGCGCGGAUCCAUUGAGACGCUAAAAAAAAAUGUUGCUUUGCUCGCUGACACAGUGUCCGCCCAAACGGAUUUGAUCAAGUUACUUUAUCAACGAUCCGAUGAAGAUAAUGCCUCUGAAGUUGCCUUUACCACUUUUCCCAUAGAAACAGAGGAUGAUCUGCUACAAAUAGACAGCAAUAUGAAUCCGGAAUCUCGAGCAUUAUAUGUUAAAGAGAUGAAAACCAUCUUCAGUUAUCAGUCACUAUCGAAAUCGCUAAAAAAGGUUCUGGGCGUGGACCUAAUUCUAGACUUUAAUGUCGACGGAACGCAGAACAAGAAAAGCCUGCGCACGUACAAAAACUUCUUCUCAGCCCUAUUAGAGGCUGUUCAGAGGACCGAUAAUACUCAGCCUGCGGAGAAGGCACUCAGAAAGGCCAUGAUAUGUGUUAAAAACAGUGAAUGCAAAAGAAGGACAAGGUUCUUAAAAGAGUUUUCAUAACUGAUUCGAGAUAAGACCAGAAUGAUAAUAAGUUAUAAUUAGUAAUGUAAAAAUCACACAAAAUGUACAAGUUUAAACUGAAAUAAAACUGAUUUCCUUACGUAUGAGUCAA